UUUAAUUUAAGAAUAAAUAUUAGCAUUUGCCAAAUGGGAAAUAAAAUUGAGAUAGAAUUUGAUAAAUUUAACUCUGAUAUCACUUGGAGAGGAGUAUACAGUAAAUAAGGAAUUAAGGUUGGAGUAUGGGAAAUAUACUGGAAAUAUGGAGAAAAAAAUACAAAAAUGUAUCAAUAAAUUAAUAUAAAUGAUAGAGCUGGUGGGGAAUAUGAUUAGUAAGGACGAAAAUUUGGAAAGUGGAUUGAAUAAUGUGACAGGUUCAGAUAUGGGAAUUAAUCCAUUUCAAUUGGAAAGUACAAUAAAUAAGGUGUAAGAGUGGGAAUUUGGGAGUUAUAAUGUAAAAUUGAUGGGAAAAUUAAUAAAAUGUAACAUAAUUUAGAUAAUAUUGAAGUGGUGGAGGUGAGUACAAUGAAUAAGGAUGUAAAAUUGGAAAAUGGAUUGAAUAAAGUGAAGAAUUUUAGUUUGUUAAUUAAACUACUUGGACUGGAGAGUAUAAUAAAUAAGGAGUAAAGACUGGAUAAUGGGAUAUAUAUUGUAAUUUAAAAGGUAAUAAUAAUAAAGUGUAACUAUAUUUUAUAAGUUAUUAGGGGUGGUGGACAGUAUAAUGAGUAUGGAUUUAAGAUAGGAAAAUGGGUUGAAUAGUGUGAUGGAUUUUUGAUAGAUAAUUAAUCUUUACAAAUUGGAGAAUAUAGUGGAGGAGUUAAAGUAGGAACUUGGGAGAUAUUUUGGAGGUAUGAUGAUAAAAUGAAUAAAAUGUAAUACAAACAUAAUUAAAAUUAUUAGAGGCGGCGGAGAGUAUGAAUAAGGACAUAAAGUGGGAAAGUGGAUUGAGUAAGGUAUUAGGUUUGAAAAUUUGAAUUAAUCUACUUGGAUGGGAGAGUAUAAUAAUGAAGGAGUGAAAGUAGGUUUAUGGGAAAUAUAUUAUUAAUAUUGGGAUCAAUAAAGAUCAAAGAUGUAAUAAGCAAUAAUAACUUAAAUUAUUAGUGGUGGUGGAGAGUAUGAUUGUUAAGGAUGUAAAAUAGGAAAGUGGGUUGAAUAAAGUGAGAAAUUUAGAUACGGAAAUUAAUCUACUUGGAGUGGAGAAUAUAAUCAAGGAAUAAAGUAAGGAACAUGGGAUAUAUAUUUUAGAGAAAAUGGGGAAGAUAAGCUUAAUGUUAAAAUGUAAUAAUUUAUUUGAUCUUUAUCUAAAUAUUAGUGGUGGUGGAGAUUAUGACGAGAAAGGACAAAAAAUUGGAAAGUGGAUAGAAUAGAAAGAUGGGUUUUAUUAUAGUGACUAUAUAAACAAUAAAUAUAUAAUUAUGGGUGAGUAUUAAAACGGAGUUAAAUUAGGAUAAUGGAAAGAGUCUAUAUUAAAAUGA